AAAGCAGCUGUGUGGGGUGAAGAAGGGGGGGAGCAUCCCCAUGAGAGAGUCGACCAGUUCAUACAUCAAAAGAAGCCGCCGGAGUUGUGAGAAGUCGGUGUGUUUGAUGUGUGGUGCGAUUAUCACAGCUCGCGCGGUACUGCUGCCCACCUCAGCAUUUAUAGGCUGAAGCGCAGCCUGGGCGGCGACCAGUGUGUGUUGUGGAGAGCUGGGAAGCACACUGGGCGCUGCACCCUUCCUCACACACACGCUAUACAUAAACACCAGCUACCUACGUAUUCAGUGUCUGCAGACAUCAGCUACUGUUACUGUCUUCGUAACACAAAUUACGAGCGUGAAGGAGACGCUAGUGGUGUCAAUACUAGGUGGUGAUAACACGUUGUGACUGAUGGUUGUAACACGUGUUUUAACAAGUAGCCAGCGGGUGGUGAUGAGUUACAGGUGUGUCCUUGUUGCGUUGAUAGCUGGCAGAACAGUGGUUCUUGCCGCUCCCGACCUGCAACUGCAACAGCAGCCGCGGCGGGACCACGAAAUGUCGAGCCGGAGUCCCCAAGAUGUAGUGGAAACAUUUCAGCAGGAAGACGACGAUGCACCGAUGAAUGCGCGCACAGCCAAGUGGGCGGCGACGGUGUACGACUUCUUGCAGUCGCUGCCGUGCGAGGCAGCCUCGUGGACGACGGAGGCGGCGUGUCGCGAUGCCCAGCUGGUUCCACGGAGUCUGACGCGGGUGUGGGCGACGCAGGCGGGAAGGCAGCGUUAUGUGGCCAGGCUACCUGAUGGCUCCUUGCAGAGGUCUGGUCGUCACGACGGAGUACUCAUGCUAGAUCCCUACCCCGCCGCCUCCUGGGGACACCUCGUCUUCAUUGCCUUCGUCAGCAGCAACAUCACACUCACACAGUGCACGGAAAAUAAAGGCCAUUGGAUGGAGCCAGGAGAGUGCCUCACCGUAGCUGUCAAAGAGCGCUGUCGUAACCUCUUUGAGCGCCGCGGCCGCAGGAAGAACUAUGCUCGGAGAUGUGAGAUCAACCUGCCGCCCUUGGUGGUACGAGAGCAAGACGCCCUUCUGCAUAUAUCCUCCUCGCAGGGCCCCAGGCUGAGCCAGGGACCCCUGCAACGUCUAGUGUGUAGAGACGAUGCCCCAGGGUACGCCCCAUGUGCUCGCCUCAGACCUCUAAACGAUACCAACCAUCUCGUCUGUGACCCUCUAGGAGUGAACAGCAAGAGGUGUUCGUCCCGACACGACACGGUACACACACGGUGUCGCUUGUUCGAGGUGUGUGACCAAGCAGUGGUGGUGUCGGGAGGCUGGAACAGAGACCUCUCCCCGGACGACACCAGGAGAGCCCUGGCUGACACCUACCACAUGCUCAGACACAACGGCUUUCAUAAGGGAAACAUCAAGUUAUUCUAUGCUAAUGGUGCAAGGAAAGACGCAGAUCCAACACUACAACACGGAGUGUUCCCGUCCUCCAUGAAGCUAGGGCUGCGCUACCACCUACGAUCACUGUGCGCUACCCCGCUAUGUACCGACUCCUUGGUGGUCUUCCUAGCAGGACCAGCCCUCAACGAUGGGACCAUCCUCCUGUGGGACGAGGACCACAACGGUCUGGUACGGGGAGGAGAGGCAUACAGUCCGAGGGAGUUACUGCAUGACCUGCAGGAGUGCCUGGCUCGCCAGGUCACACUGCUCAUCGACACAUCCUACGCUGGAGAGAUCGUCACAGCCUUCGCCAAGUCCAAGAAGCACAAGAACGUUCAGGUAUUUGGAGCUGGCGGGAGUGAUGACUACUCAUGGGGCAGGGAGUUCUCUUCCCACUGGUCCCACUACGCCCACACCCACUCCUGCACAGCCCACGUUCAUCAGGCAUCGAUGAGUGCAGUGCGGCUGUCCACACCCACAAGCUACGAUGGUUCAGGUGGGGAGCUGCGACGGACCAUCUUCGGUGCACCAUGUGAUGUGACACCUCCCUUCACAUGGAGAGAACUCCACCACCGCUACCUGGGCUGCCAAAACACCCCUACAGCACUCUGGAUCCGCACUGUCCCCUCAAACUUCUCCCCGCCAGACCCUACCGAUAUCACAGAUGAAGUUUUUCUGCCAGUGUUGAAUAUCGCCACGUAAAUUUGAUACCAGACCGAGGCAUGAUGUAAGUACAGGUCUUGUUACACCUGCUGAUUAUGUGCAGCUAGAAGUAAAUAGGUAUUUUAGAAUUAAUUGACUAUUGUGGUUCUCCUGUAAAAAAAUGAAGGACCGAAACAGUAAUAAGAGAAAUUGUUUGGUUUUCUUUGGUUAUCCUGGGUUAGCAACCGGAAUAAAAUCAUCUUCAUAUAAAUCAAACAUGGAAUGGUACAGUUAAGAAUAUUCAUGUAUUCUAAUGCAUCAUGGCGUAGACGCUGCUACCACAUUCACUUCUUGCAAUAGUGCCAUGAUUAACGCAAUUCACUAUGUAAGCCUUAAUGUUCUUUACAAAACUUGUAUGACAUUUAUCAUUGACGGUAGCGAUGUCCUGGACCAGGAAUGGGUGAGAUUAAAACUCGGUCACUCCUCCUAACGUCAACGUUGUGUUUAUCUUGUAUGCUUAAGCCAGUUUGUGUUCAUAUGCUACUGAGUUAGAUUUGAUUUUACUGUGAUUCAUUACCGUCAGUAAUGAAUCUGACCGACGCCUUCCGGCGUCGGUCAGAUGACCAAAAAUUCCUGUGGUGGGUCAUCAUAUGACUAUGACCCGCGUUGGGAAACAACUGUCCUGUUUCCUGACGAAUCUUACCUAACUGGCCGAGCUCUCUUAGUCUUAUCGGUGGUUGCAGCUUCUUGUUCGUGCAUGAAAAGUUUCCCUUUUAUAUAACAGUGCCUCUGUCGAUGGUAAUAUAUAUUAUAAUUAAUUAAAUCUGGUUAAGUGACAUUAACUUCGUCUAAAUAGUGUAUACAAAUGGGCUUAUGCGCAUAAAGUAAAAAAAACUUUUGCGUUAGGCUAUGUACAAUGUUGCUGAGGACGAUAUUGUGUUUGCCAAAAUAGAUGCAGUCUCGAACUUUCACACAGUGAGAUCAUACACUCGUUAUCAAAAUUAUUUGACUUUGUAUCGCAGGCACUGAUGGGAAGAGACAGCAAGAGGGGAGUUGGGAGUACUUCAGCUCCCUCCAAAAUUUCAGAAGCCUCCCCAAAGACCCCCAUAUAACAAUAAUAACGAUGCUUUAAAAAUUCUCCUAGUCCCGCCUCCCAACCAGAUAGCCAACCCUAAGCCCCCUUCCUCCAGUAUAUAAAUUCUGGCGCCGCCCGUAAGAAGGGACAACGUCGAUAAAUAUGCCCUUUACAAAGGUACGUUUCGCACCAAGGUGAGCUUUUUCGUGUCAUCAUAUGAGAAACCUAAUCUGACCUAAACACUGUGAACAUAAGCUUGUUCAAAAACCUUUCUAGGAAUAAUUCAGAGCAGCAAUAAACUCAAAUCCUUUUUCUUUAUUAUAGAAGGCAAGAUAAUCCGUUUGGUAAUUUACUGCCUCAACACUAAACAUCCACACACACAUACUUCUUCAGACUGGUAUUAUCUGCACUCAUGGGCCGGGGGGGGGGAGGAUAUUUAUGCUCCUUGCCCUAAUCGCCACACGUACUUACGCAAAAUUAUUCAUAGGGAGAAUACUAAAACCGUAGGGGUCAUACAGAACAAAUCUUCAAAAUAAAAAAAUAAGGUGAUCCACUCUACAUGACUUAAAACACAGCUCCUCACCACAAUACAUGCACAUACAGUACGUUAUUUUUCCCUCAAAAAGAGUACCGAGCUCAAAAUACACUUAUAUUAUUAUUUUAUUCCGGGAAAAGGGGUCUUGCAACACCUAAACAUUGGAGGUAAUGAGGUUCGAGGAAGCGGAGGAUAACCUCAAUUCCUUGGAUCAAAAGCCCUUCAGCAAGAACUAACAUGUGUGAUGAAAAUGGCUUUGAAAAUUGACAUGUUGAAAAAUGAGACACUUGGGCUACAUUUGGGAAUCUUUAUUGUUGCACAAGUGUCUCAUUCUUCAACUUGUCGGUUUUCAAAACCAUUUUCAUCACACUUAUCAGAUUCCUCAAUAAAGAUUCCCAAAUGUUGGACAAGUGUCUCAUUGUGCAAGAAAGGUAUACAAUACCGACAAGUUGAAAGUUAAGACACAUGUGCAACAUCUGGUUAUCGUUAUUGUAGACAUUUCGCAAUCCAGUGGCUUUAUCAAUACAGAUUCUAGGACAUAAUUAGAAAGUAGAACUAUAUACAAAAGAUGAGGUUACCUCAUCUUUUGUAUAUAGUUCUACUGCCUUCUGUUUAUGUCCUAGAAUCUGUAUUGAUAAAGCCACUGGAUGGCGAAAUAAAGAUAACCGGAUGUUGCACAUGUGUCUUAACUUUCAAGUGUCUCUCAUUCUUCAAGAACUAACAUGGAGAUAAAAUCUACGUGUACUAGUGUGCUUAACGAUUUCUGUAAAGUGUGCAUAUUGCCGCAGCAUCGAGUCCAUCUCAAUACACAGUAUCAUAGUUUUAUAUAUCAUAAACAUUUCAUUUUAUAUCUAGUGUUUUAAAUUAUACUUAGUACGUAGAAAAUUUUACCAAUAUAAUGCUAGGAUCUCUGUUCCAACUUUUCCUGCUUCCUGAUAAAAGUUACUGGACAGCUUUUCUAUGCAGUUUUCUUUCAUGAAUUCUAACCCUUUGUUAAUGUAUCACUUAUUUUUAUAAGAAAAUUAUCCUCUACUCAUUAUUUUCUGUAUAUAUUAUUAUUAUUAUUAUUAUUAUUAUUAUUAUUAUUAUUAUUAUUAUUAUUAUUAUUAUUAUUAUGAGGAAGCACAUAGAUAUUUAGUUUAGGAGCUCCGCCGAGUUUCACCAAAUUUAUAAUUGAAAGUGUCCAAUUUUUUUAGUUAGUGCAUUGAAAGUAUUUUUUAAUUUGUGCAUAAUGAGAAAAUAUGCUUCCUUCUGGGAAUAUUUUCACUCGAGAAUAAGCCCAAAAAAGCUCCAUUUAACUGUUACGACCAACCUAACUUAAUGUAGCUCAACCCAACCUAACCUGACCUGACCCAACCUGACCUAACGUAACCCAGCCAACCCCAACCUAACAUAAUGUAGCCUAACCUAACCUAACCUAACCUAACCUAACCUAACCUAACCUAACCUAACCUAAUCCGACGUAACCCAACCAACCCUAAGCUAACGAAACUUAAUCUGUUCAGUAAUUAAUGAACAUAUGUACUUACAUUUACUGUAAUUGUAAUGCAUGUUCGUCUUGUCCAUAAAAGUUGCGAAUUGUUAAACUCCGUCUUGUGUAUUACACUCGGGAGACAUUGCUCUGGUGUUGCUAUUAUUACAACUUCAACUCUUUAUUUUACUAAAUAUAUUCGCCCUCCUUGAAAAAAAAUUGUGUUACUAAUUUUUCCCCUCUCCCUUCAAAAAAAAAAAAAAAAUACACAAGAAAUAACUAUUUUGCCUAGAUAUGGAUAGAUUAUUUGUAUUAUGAUAAUGAAAAUAAAGGUUUAGUAUCGUGAAGCCCCUAAACUAAAUAUUAGCCGGAAGAACUAAACCCGUAAGGGUCAUACAGCGCCUAGGGGAAAUAGAAGAAAUCAGGUUCCUUCCAUGGAAGGGGGAAACAGGUCCAGUUCCUUGGAUCAAGAGACCCCUCACCGGCAUCAAGAAACCUCCCUUGAAGGGGUAUAUAUCUUAAACUCAGACAAAAUUAUAUUACCAUUGUAAAUAUUUCUCACAGGAACAUAGUCGGAAAAUGUAUUGCCUGCGUGAUCUGAUAUAAUGUUUGGUCAGUAUGGAGAACGAUUCUUGGCUGAGUUUGACGAUAAUUAUGUACGAAGGUGGUCUGUUGGUUUGUUUUAUAAUUACUCCUUAAACAUAACUAGUUUCAUGGUACACCAUUGUCAAAUUUCAUUCUUUAGCAGAGCUAGAUGAAUAUAAUGUUGUUUAUGUGUUAUCUCUUAACAUUAAAUUCAAUAUCACUCGCCCUCAGGCACAAUAUGUCAGCUGGAUAUUAAUAAACCUCAUCCUCUA